AACACCCACAGAACAUCAUCUACACUACGCCUGCACUACCACAUCGACUCAUCGGAGCCCUUUCUAUCCCUUCUACCUCCACAUACGCCGUCUGCCCAAGAUGGGUGAUCCUCAGUUUGCGAAGUACCCGGAUCUGCAGCUGUCGCAGCACAUAUUCCAGCUCACCAAUCCGGGCUCCACCAAAUCCGCCAAACAAGCUUCCCUCAAAUCGAUCCAAGAUGCCAUCAGCGAACACAAGAUGGCACCGCUCUACCGCUAUCUGGCACACCCGACGGAAGGAGUUUUGAAUGCUCCAGGUGAGGGAUCCGCACAGCAGCCGUCCACGCAUCGAAGGCCUUCCAGCGCCGCAACCUUGCUCGCCACCAAGAACCCCACUUUGGACGUCCCCCUACCCUGGGACGAGAAGCUCUACGAGAGCCUCAAGAGCGAGAACGAGAAGGAGCUUGAGACCAUCCAGACGGAGGAGGAUGAGGCGGCUGAGAAAGCAGGCGAAACGGAAGUUCAGGCUGCUCGAGGCAAAAGGGCAGAGGUCUAUACUCGCAUCGGAGACAAGGAGAAAGCCAUUGCUAGCUACGAAGCUGUUUUCGAGAAGACUGGCAUCCUAGGUACCAAGAUCGACCUCGUCCUCGCAAUAAUACGAGUCGGCCUCUUCUUCGGCGACAGGGUUUUGGUUAAGAAGACCAUUGAAAGGGCCAGUACUUUGGUUGAGAGUGGAGGUGACUGGGAUCGUCGGAACCGUCUCAAGGCCUACCAUGGACUUCAUCUCAUCACCGUUCGAUCUUAUGCGCAAGCCGCCCCACUCCUUCUCGACAGUCUUUCAACCUUCACAAGCUAUGAGCUCUGCAGCUACUCGUGGCUGGUGAUUUACGCCAUACUAGCAGGAUCAGUUUCGUUGAAGCGAGUGGAUUUCAAGUCCAAGGUUGUAGAUGCACCCGAGAUCAAAGCCAUAGUAGGCAGCUCGGAGGAGAAGCUCUCAGCAAUCUCUGGUCACACGUCUGCUGGACCUGCCGCCGGUGAUGAGAACAUGGGAGAUGCAUCUUCGUCCUCAGCAACCCCCGCACCCGCUGCCGUGAAUCUUACAACGCUCGGCCAACAGCAGGACGAAGAGGUUGCCAUCGACUUCUCGCCGUUGGCCAGGCUCGUCAAGAGUUUGUACGAGGGCGACUACAAGAACUUCUUCGGAGCGUUGAGCGAAGUUGAGGUCCAAUUCCUUGCCCAAGACCGAUACCUUUAUGAGCACAAGGGGUGGUAUGUGCGGGAGAUGCGCCUCAGAGGCUACCAGCAGCUCCUACAGUCAUACAGGGUGGUGGGCCUGCAAAGCAUGGCUAAUGACUUCGGCGUGACUGUGGACUUCCUUGACAAGGAUCUUGCCAAAUUCAUUGCCGCGGACCGGAUACCCUGCACGAUUGACCGAGUCAAGGGCAUUAUUGAGACAAACCGGCCCGAUGAUAAGAACAAGCAAUAUGCGGACGUCGUGAAGCAAGGCGAUCAGCUCAUCACGAAGCUGCAGAAGUACGGACAAGCGGUGAGAUUACGAGGAAGCGAGCGCGGUUGAGGGGUGGACUUAUGUGCAUGAUGAUGAAAGCGAGCUGCAAGGCCCGUCCACGGUAGACAUGUAAUAUCAUAGACAGCAAAGCACAGCGCCGGGAAGUGUCUAAGAAACGACUGACUAAGGCAUAAGAGAUCAUUGCACAGUUGCAAUGACUUCGUCUCGUACACUCAAUCAAGGGUUUGACCUCAUCGGCGAGCUUUAAAUAAAGAUUUCCAAUGUGAACAAUUGCAGCGGUGCGUGUAUGGAUGUGUGUGAGCCUGGAAGCAGCCGAU